AUGUUGGGCGCCAUCGACCUGGCUCAGGAGGCGCUAGGGACACACAAAGCGGCUGGCAUGCAAGUGAACCUCAGGGUACUGGCUAUAUCGCGGACAGCAUUCGCAGCGGACGUUAGGGAGAAACCUUAUCUGUCGCCGAGAAUCGUCUUGAACAUGGGACGAAUCUCUGCUGCACAGAGACUCGAGGCUGUGAAACAACAAGCGCUACAUCUCGGCAUGGGUGCGGCCGAGCGGCUUAGGGAGCUAGAAAAUGGUUCAGCUUGCGCUGCAGGUUUGCCGCCCAACCUGGCACGUGCCUGGUUACUCGGAUUCAGGUGCCGGGUUACAAAGUUCGGCCCCUGGGCGCUGAUCAAGAACUACUGGAGUCGGCACCACACAACCACCGCACCAGAGGCCGAUCAGGAUAGGCUAUGCAUUAGCGGCGGCAAUGCUUGA